CUACACUGCAACAAGGUCUUCAAGGAUUCACACAAAUUUUCCAACAUCUUAUAAUGACUAGACUAGUGAAUUUAGAAUUCCUUGACUCUGAUUCGCCAUCACCUGCAAUGCAACAUAACAAGCUAGCUUUUCACACUGUAAUGUGAAGUAUGAACCUAGUCUUUAUAAUGAGAUAUAACCCUCCCUUUUGUGAUCAAAACUUAGUUACAAAUCAUAGAUAGCUAUGGCUUAUGCUUUGCAAAACUAUGCUCUUAAUAUUUUUCUUUUGGCCUUGGCCUUAAUCCCAUUUGAGGGAGCCUGUGGCUCCCAUCAUCACCAAUUGCAGCACCUCAAAUCCCUUCACUUCUCUCUGUUUCAACAUGAAACCAUAAACAGAACAGGAUAUGUCAUAGUGAAUGGAGUGCAAGGAGGGCCAGGAAUCACUGAAACCACAACCCCUUUUGGCACUCUAUUUGUCUUUCAGGACCCUUUGACUGUCACAGCCAACAGAUCCUCCAAACUUGUUGGAAUUGCUGAGGGAACUUCCAUCACCUCAAGCCUUGAUGGGCUUCGCAGCAUUUCGAUUGCGAAGCUAACUCUGCGCCUGAAAAAUCACAGGGGUUCUGUUUCCAUUGUUGGAGGUACACAUAAUGUUAAGCCUUCAGAUCAUCCAAUAGUGGGAGGUACAGAAGAUUUCUUGUUUGUGCAAGGCUAUGUUACCUCUUCUCCUGUUGAUCUAAAGGGUGUUACCGUUACCUACAAGAUUGAAUUUCAUCUAUACUGGCCUCCUUAUGCAACUCAUGCCUCUUAAUUAGGAACUUGAUUUGUUCUUAUUUUAGUUGAAGGCUCAUGUUUUACAAAGCUGUAUCAGAGCAGUUUUUGAAAUGAAAAACGUCAUGGUUUAUGUUUGGAAA